AUGCAUGAAACGUACAAUCAACUCGUAUACGACGCCCUUAACAAGCCACCUAUCCUCGUAAUGGAUGGAAGAGCUUCUAUGGAUUCUUACCAUGAUAGUGACAAGGACGACGGCUUUGACGAUGAAGACGAAAUAAAGCUCUUCUUAUGUUACGGUGCCACUUCUGGUUAUGACAGUGCUGGCGGUGAAUUUGAUGGAUUUCAAAUCAAUUCAGACGACUUGGGUCUAGACAACGACGAUGCCUUUGAUGAACAGUCUUCGGACUUCAGCGAUAAUAACGGUUCUUCUGAGAGAGUGGUGAUGCAUGAUGGACCUCCACUGGCAGAUUCAGGCUUAGAAGACGACAGGAGUCACGUAUAG